AAAAAAAAAAAAAAAGAAACUACAUACAAAAAACUUGGCUUUGCUUUUUCAGCCUAAUUCGUUAAGUCUGUUUUUAAUGGGAAAUUCCAUCCACUAGCAUUUAGUGUAACAACUGAUGGACUUAAUUAUAUUCCUCCAUCUUAAUUUGACAGCAAGUACUGUAUGUCUAUUCUUCUUCUCUCUUAAAUGUGGCUCAUGCUAUUUAAAUGCGAAACAAUGGCUUGAGUUUAGGUCUUGACAAGCUGUAUCUGAAAUGACAGUGGUUGCUCCAAGUGAAAAUGACUGUUAGACAAUUGGAGAUAAAAUAGGACUGGACCCUAUGCCAGAAAACAAGACUAGACAGAUACAUGUUGGAGGUAUCAGCUGUAUUAGUCACAGUUCUUCAGAAUAUCAGAACCAAUAGCAGAAUUCCUUUUUCUUUGGGGGACCUCAGUCUUUGCUUUUAAGGUCUUCAACUGAUUAAAUGAGGUCUACUCACAUUAUGGUGGGCCAUCUGCCUUACUCAAAGUCUACCGAUUUAAAUGCUAAUCACACCUAAAAAAUACCUUUACAGCAACAUCUACACUGGUGUUUGACCCAACAACUGGGCACCAUAACCUGGCCAAGCUGAAACAUGAAAUUAACCAUCCCCCUCUGCACCAUAGCAACAGCUGACAGAAUGUGAAUGGAUAAUUUCUAAAAACAAGUAACAACUACAAUCAAACACAGAGCCAAAGAUCAAGGGUUUAGCAUUAGAGAAUUACCACAGUUGGGGUCCAUGUUUCAUUAAAGAAUCCAAGCAUUCUUAUCUUUUGGUGAUACUUGUAGUGUGGUCUUGACUUACGAAAUGUAUAUGUGUUGUUUUCUACCUUUUUCAUGUUUGACAGUUUUUCUUUAGACCAGAACUUCGGAUUGCAGCUAUUUCUUAAGAGUUGCUAUUUCAUUAGCCUUAUCAACAUCCUAGAGAUCUGUUUGCCCUGGGGUUUUGAGGGCUAAGCCCUGAGUUGUAAUGCAUUAACUCUGUUCCGUGUAGUCCUUCUAGGACUAAAUACAGCCUGCAGCUAAAUACAUACUGCUUCUCCAAGGCUGCUGCUGUGCUGAUGUUUCUGUCUGAACUACCCCAGACUCCAGUACCGUCUGUUAACUCCGUAUCUCGGAGGAUCUGCAGAAGGUCCACGUUGACCCUUUGCAAUCCAGUAUGCACUUUCAGGCUCAUCUACUAAAUAAAUCCUUUCAGCAUGGCUUCAUUUAGUUAGGCUCUUAGUAUCCCAAUUAUGAGCAAUUUUAUUAAACUAGGAGUAUCAGUGCCUGGUAGUUAAGUACAGGUGUUUUGGGUUUAAAUCUCGGGUCAGCCUGAGUUCAAAUCUCAGCUCCAACACUUAAUAGCCAUGUAAACUUACUGAAAUUACCUAACCUCUCUAAAGCUGAAUUUCUCCAUUUGUAAAAUGGGGAUAAUGAUUGUUCUUACAUCACACUAUUGCUGUGAGGCUUAAAUGAGAUAAGGGUUGGUUAUUUGAAUGAUAAAAAAAUUGAUAUUUUGCUUGAAAGAAAGUAUUCCUUUUCUACCUGACAACUUCUAAUUCAUAUUUCUUUUCUCUUUUCUUUUCCAUUCUUUUUCUUUUUCUUUUUUUCGACGGGGUUUUGCUCUUGUUGCCCAGGCCGGAGUGCAAUGGGCAGUCUCGGCGGCUCACUGGAAUCUCCGCCUCCCAGAUUCAAGCAAUUGUCCUGCCUCAGCCUCCCAAGUAGUUGGGAAUAAAGGCAUGUGCCACCACACUCAGCUAAUUUUUUUGUAUUUAGUAGGUUUCACCAUGUUGGUCAGGCUGGUCUCAAACUCCUGGCCUCAGGUGAUCCACCCUACUCAGCCUCCCAGAGUGCUUGGAUUAUAGGCAUGAGCCACUGCACUAGGCUCAUGUUUCUUAAGAAACAAAAAUUCAGGCCAUAAAUAGUUAAGUCUAACCUCUUUCACCAGCUGUUUGUGUUCUUUUAUCUUUGUGAGCUUUUUCAGUGAGGAGUUUUUUUUUUUGUUUUUUUUUUUUGAGGCAUGUUCUUACUCAGUUGCCCAGGCUGGAAUUCAGGGGUGCAAACAUAGCUCACUGCAGCCUCAACCUUCUGGGCUCAGGUGUUCCUCUCACCUCAGCCUCCCAAGUAGCUGGGACUAGAGGCACAUACCAGCACGCCGGGCUAAUUUUUGCACUGUUUGUAGAGAUGGGGUAUUGCUAUGUUGCCCAAGCUGGUCUCAAACUCCUGGGCUGAAAAGAUCCUGCUACCUCAGCCUCCCAAAGUGCUAGGAUUACAGGCAUGAGCCACUGCUCCUGGCCCGUUUUCUACCUCUGCUAUAAAACAGGUUUGUUGAAGCGAAUUCAAGACAGAGAAGUCUUAUUUGCUCUCCAAGUCAAUCAUAGGUACCCAUGAUGUUGCUAAAUUUAGAAAAAAUAGCUCAUCUACAUGCAUUUAUUGAGCUCUGAUUUGAUUAGUAUGAUGCUAAGGUUGCCAUCAGGCAAAUCACAAUGUCAUUAAGGCUUAGUGAGAUGUUUUUCUCAUUCAGGGAUGGUAGGAAAAAUCGUCACUGGACUGGCCACCUCUAAUCAACUCUUGGCAUUUCUGCCCAGCCUUCGUGUGUUGUCCUUAUUGCUGGGAUCCUUGUUGCCAAACACUUUCCCAGCUCUAAGUUGUUCAAGACCUCUCUGUCUUGAUCAUAAUAAUGUCAAUGCUGGUUACAAAUUUUUCUCUUGGGUUUACCUCUGCCUGUCCACUGAGGAAACGGUUAAUGGAGCUGCUUUCCCAUCUGAAUUCUUUCUGGACUCUCUCCAUUUGCCUUUACAUUCUGACUCUUCUCGCUCUCUUUUCCAAGCCUGAAUUCAAUAAGCAAAAGCUGAGAUACUGUAAUUUCCUAAAUAACCCAAAGGGAAGAUCUGGCAUAAUUUAUAACCACUCUGACUGCUGAAUCAACUUGCACUUGCUCUUCUCUCUAAUGGAACUUUGAAGAAUAACUGUAAUUGAAUAGUGCCUCCACCCCAUCUUCAGAUUUGACCGAAUCAAGCCUAGAUCUGGUUAUAUCUGGUUUUUGUUUGUUUCAUGUUGUGUUUGUGCCCCACUGGGUAUAAAGCCCAAGUGUGGGCUUCAUCUGGAUGUAUUUUCAUCUCACAGAGACAUUAAUUGAAUCUCUGACAAUAGUCUUGCCUCCGAGGAGUGCUCCAACUCUGGCUGCGGUAUUAAACCAGGGUAGUUCUUGGUUCCCUUCAAAGGUAACCUCCCAUCUGUUGACCGUGAACUACGGCAAUGCAACGCUUACAGAAUCACUGGAGGAGAGGAUCCAAAGCGUUUACAAUUCCCUGCUAUGCAAAGAGUCAUUCUGAGUUUUUUUAACCUAUGAUUGCUCUCUGUAAAUACCUGGGUGCACCCAGCAAGGUGUAGAGGUUAAUGUUUGCUCUCUGACCUUUGAAGACAGAUGCACUGAAUAUGUUGCAGUUUGCAAUGGGAUCCGUGGCAAGUUAACAGCAGACUGCUUGUUCAGCUACUGCUGUUUCCAAAACUCUGCAGUGUCACAUCUUGCUCGCAGCUGCCUUAAAGUGCUUCUCAGCUUCAUUCAGCUCCCUGCUGAGUCCCUCUGAAGAACUUUGUACUGUGGCAUAUGACAGCGACCUGAUAACAUUAUGAUAAACUCCUAUGGGUUUGAACUCAGUCCUAUUCAAAUUUUCUGGUGCCUAGUGGUCAGCAGUCUUAGACCUGGGGAGUAAGAGGUGUGUCUGCAGUGAAUUUAGAGGUGAGAAGAAAGAGGGCUGGACUCAGAUAUUGAGUAUCUUAGAGCCUACGGACCAUUUCCCAAAGCCUAGAAUAGAUUUCAGCGUAAUUCUGGUAAUUUACAUAAACGAGGAUAGACAUGCAAAAUAUCUGGAUAUGUUAGGAAGGAGUUAAAAAGUUCUCCACACCUUUUCCUACCACCUCUGCAGCCAUAGAAGCCAAGGGGAAAUGCACACACACACACACAUAUACACACUGUGGCAGGGAACCUGUUUUGCAAGUUUUGCUGGUAAAAAGUUCUAGGAAGGGGGCUGGUGGAGAACAGAGUCGAAAAGAAGUAUCAAUUGAAGGUUUUUCAAGACCUGAGUUUUCAAGGUAACUUUAUCCUGCAGAGAGAGACACGCAUGGCCGCUGUAGGUUUUUCUUCCACCAAUUAAGUGCAUUGUUAGACAGGGAGGGGCAGAUUAACGAACGCCUAUAAUUUUGAUCAUUGUUUUCUGCAAAACAGCUCAGGCUUUGAAAAUGAAGCCAUCGUUCCCGGCUAAGUUUCUGCCAACAGCACAAAUUAUACUGUGCAGAGAUCCAAAGCCCCUAAAAAGGUUUCAUUAAUGAACAAUUUCAGACGAUUGUUUAAGUCUUUGCCUGACAGGUAAUGUUGGCAUGUCGGCAGGUGGGGUUAGGGUUUCCAUGGAGAUUUAUGAUGUCAUGCUUGAAAGAGCAUGUCAAGACAGCCGAUUUAACAAGUAGCUACUCAAAAAGUCCUAUAGGCUACAAGUAGGUUUUAUGCAAAUGACGAGAGUUUCACUGGGAAAAACUGCAAAAGAAAACAGCCCAGACAUGGAGGGGGGUUUUACCUGACAGCUCCGAAGGAAGACCCUGGAGUCCAUUCCAGACAAAAACUUCCAGAAGAAUUAGAUUUUCUGCUUUAACUGCCACCUCACCUGUGGAGCUCUGGGUACAGACAAGGAGCCCCAAACUGUCUCACAGUCCUCAACCACCCAGUCUGGGUGACCCCGUCGAGCAUUUAUCAGAGACGUCCGCUGAUUCUUUGGAAGCCAUGUCUGAGGGGGAUGCUCCAACCCCUUUUUCCAGAGGCAGCCGGACUCGCGCGAGCCUUCCCGUGGUGAGGUCAACCAACCAGACGAAAGAAAGAUCUCUGGGGGUUCUCUAUCUCCAGUAUGGAGAUGAAACCAAGCAGCUCAGGAUGCCGAAUGAAAUCACAAGUGCAGACACAAUCCGUGCUCUCUUCGUAAGUGCCUUUCCACAGCAGCUCACCAUGAAAAUGCUGGAAUCGCCCAGUGUCGCCAUUUACAUCAAAGAUGAAAGCAGAAAUGUCUAUUAUGAAUUAAAUGAUGUAAGGAACAUUCAAGACAGAUCACUCCUCAAAGUGUACAACAAGGAUCCUGCACAUGCGUUUAAUCACACACCAAAAACUAUGAAUGGAGACAUGAGGAUGCAGAGAGAACUUGUUUAUGCAAGAGGAGAUGGCCCUGGGGCCCCUCGCCCCGGAUCUACUGCUCAUCCACCCCAUGUGAUUCCAAAUUCCCCACCAUCUACUCCGGUGCCCCAUUCCAUGCCCCCCUCCCCGUCCAGAAUUCCUUAUGGGGGCACCCGCUCCAUGGUUGUUCCUGGCAAUGCCACCAUCCCCAGGGACAGAAUCUCCAGCCUGCCAGUCUCCAGACCCAUCUCUCCAAGCCCAAGCGCCAUUUUAGAAAGAAGAGAUGUCAAGCCUGAUGAAGACAUGAGUGGCAAAAACAUUGCAAUGUACAGAAAUGAGGGUUUCUAUGCUGAUCCUUACCUUUAUCACGAGGGACGGAUGAGCAUAGCCUCAUCCCAUGGUGGACACCCACUGGAUGUCCCUGACCACAUCAUUGCAUAUCACCGCACCGCCAUCCGGUCAGCGAGUGCUUAUUGUAACCCCUCAAUGCAAGCGGAAAUGCAUAUGGAACAAUCACUGUACAGACAGAAAUCAAGGAAAUAUCCGGAUAGCCAUUUGCCUACACUGGGCUCCAAAACACCCCCUGCCUCUCCUCACAGAGUCAGUGACCUGAGGAUGAUAGACAUGCACGCUCACUAUAAUGCCCACGGCCCCCCUCACACCAUGCAGCCAGACCGGGCCUCUCCGAGCCGCCAGGCCUUUAAAAAGGAGCCAGGCACCUUGGUGUACAUAGAAAAGCCACGGAGUGCUGCAGGAUUAUCCAGUCUUGUAGAUCUCGGCCCUCCUCUAAUGGAGAAGCAAGUUUUUGCCUACAGCACGGCGACAAUACCCAAAGACAGAGAGACCAGAGAGAGGAUGCAAGCCAUGGAGAAACAGAUUGCCAGUUUAACUGGCCUUGUUCAGUCCGCGCUUUUUAAAGGGCCCAUUACAAGUUAUAGCAAAGAUGCGUCUAGCGAGAAAAUGAUGAAAACCACAGCCAACAGGAACCACACAGAUAGUGCAGGAACGCCCCAUGUGUCUGGUGGGAAGAUGCUCAGUGCUCUGGAGUCCACGGUGCCUCCCAGCCAGCCUCCACCUGUGGGCACCUCGGCCAUCCACAUGAGCCUGCUUGAGAUGAGGCGGAGCGUGGCGGAACUCAGGCUCCAGCUCCAGCAGAUGCGGCAGCUCCAGCUGCAGAACCAGGAGCUGCUGAGGGCGAUGAUGAAGAAGGCCGAGCUGGAAAUCAGUGGCAAAGUGAUGGAAACAAUGAAGAGACUGGAGGAUCCCGUGCAGCGACAGCGCGUCCUAGUGGAGCAAGAGAGACAAAAAUAUCUUCAUGAGGAAGAGAAGAUCGUCAAGAAGUUGUGCGAGUUGGAAGACUUUGUUGAAGACUUGAAGAAGGACUCCACGGCAGCCAGCCGAUUGGUUACUCUGAAAGACGUGGAAGACGGGGCUUUCCUCCUGCGUCAAGUGGGAGAGGCUGUAGCUACCCUGAAAGGAGAAUUUCCAACCUUACAAAACAAGAUGCGAGCCAUCCUGCGCAUAGAAGUGGAGGCCGUGCGGUUUCUGAAGGAGGAGCCACACAAGCUGGACAGUCUCCUGAAGCGUGUGCGCAGCAUGACAGACGUCCUGACCAUGCUGCGGAGACAUGUCACUGAUGGGCUCCUGAAAGGCACGGACGCAGCCCAAGCCGCACAGUACAUGGCUAUGGAAAAGGCCACGGCCGCAGAAGUCCUGAAGAGUCAGGAGGAGGCAGCCCACACCUCCGGCCAGCCCUUCCACAGCACAGGUGCCCCUGGCGAUGCGAAGUCGGAAGUGGUGCCUUUGUCCGGCAUGACGGUUCACCACGUGCAGAGCUCCCCUGUGGUCAUCCAGCCCUCCCAGCACUCCGUGGCCCUGCUGAACCCUGCUCAGAACUUGCCUCACGUGGCCAGCUCCCCAGCCGUCCCCCAGGAAGCAACCUCCACUCUGCAGAUGUCGCAGGCUCCGCAGUCCCCACAGAUACCCAUGAAUGGGUCUGCCAUGCAGAGCUUGUUCAUUGAAGAAAUCCACAGUGUGAGUGCCAAGAACAGGGCAGUGUCUAUCGAGAAAGCAGAAAAGAAAUGGGAGGAAAAAAGGCAAAAUCUGGAUCACUAUAAUGGGAAAGAGUUUGAGAAGCUCCUAGAAGAAGCUCAGGCCAAUAUCAUGAAGUCAAUACCAAAUCUGGAGAUGCCGCCAGCCGCAGGCCCACUGCCAAGGGGAGAUGCCCCAAUGGAGAAGGUGGAACUUUCAGAAGAUUCUCCAAAUUCGGAACAGGACUUGGAAAAGCUGGGGGGAAAGUCACCCCCUCCUCCUCCGCCACCUCCUCGUCGAAGCUACCUGCCAGGAUCGGGACUCACCACCACGAGGUCAGGCGAUGUGGUCUACACCGGCAGAAAGGAGAACAUCACCGCUAAGGCAAGCAGUGAAGAUGCUGGACCAAGCCCACAGACCAGAGCUACAAAAUAUCCAGCAGAGGAGCCUGCUUCAGCCUGGACCCCAUCCCCACCGCCUGUCACCACCUCCUCCUCAAAGGAUGAGGAGGAAGAAGAAGAAGAAGGAGACAAAAUAAUGGCAGAACUCCAGGCAUUCCAGAAGUGUUCCUUUAUGGAUGUAAAUUCAAACAGUCAUGCUGAGCCAUCCCGGGCUGACAGUCACGUUAAAGACACUAGGUCGGGCGCCACAGUGCCACCCAAGGAGAAGAAGGGCAUUUUUGGCAGUUGGAGAACAAAGCAAUCCAAGAAUUUGGAAUUUUUCCAUGAAGAUGUACGGAAAUCUGAUGUUGAAUAUGAAAAUGGCCCCCAAAUGGAAUUCCAAAAGGUUACCACAGGGGCUCUAAGACCUAGUGACCCUCCUAAGUGGGAAAGAGGAAUGGAGAAUAGUAUUUCUGAUGCAUCAAGAACAUCAGAAUAUAAAACUGAGAUCAUAAUGAAGGAAAAUUCCAUAUCCAAUAUGAGUUUACUCAGAGACAGUAGAAACUAUUCCCAGAAAACUGUGCCUAAGGCCAACUUCAGUUUCUCUGGCAUUAGUCCAUUAGAAGAUGAAAUAAACAAAGGGUCUAAAAUCUCAGGCCUGCAAUACUCUAUACCUGACACCGAGAACCAGACGCUGAAUUACGGAAAGACAAAGGAGAUGGAAAAGCAAAAUACGGAUAAGUGUCACGUUUCCUCUCACACUAGACUAACAGAAUCAAGCGUGCAUGAUUUUAAAACAGAAGAUCAAGAGGUUAUCACGACAGAUUUUGGCCAAGUUGUUCUGAGACCCAAGGGGGCAAGGCAUGCUAACGUGAACCCUAAUGAGGAUGGAGAAUCAAGUUCAAGUUCUCCCACUGAAGAAAAUGCAGCCACUGACAAUAUUGCCUUCAUGAUUACCGAAACCACUGUCCAGGUUCUUUCCAGUGGGGAGGUGCAUGAUAUUGUUAGCCAAAAGGGAGAAGACAUACAGACGGUUAAUAUCGAUGCCAGAAAAGAGAUGACCCCCCGACAAGAAGGGACUGACAAUGAGGAGCCAGUCGUGUGCCUGGACAAGAAACCAGUGAUCAUCAUUUUCGACGAGCCCAUGGACAUCCGGUCUGCCUAUAAGAGACUUUCAACUAUCUUUGAGGAAUGUGAUGAGGAAUUAGAGAGAAUGAUGAUGGAGGAAAAGAUAGAGGAGGAGGAAGAGGAGGAAAAUGGAGAUUCUGUAGUCCAGAACAAUAACACUUCCCAGAUGUCUCAUAAGAAGGUGGCCCCGGGCAAUCUUAGAACCGGACAACAGGUGGAAACAAAGUCACAGCCACACUCCCUGGCCACAGAGACCAGAAUCCCAGGAGGACAGGAAAUGAACAGAACGGAGCUGAACAAGUUCGGCCACGUGGAUUCUCCAAAUUCGGAAUGCAAGGGUGACGACGCGACCGAUGACCAGUUUGAAAGCCCCAAGAAAAAGUUUAAAUUCAAAUUCCCUAAGAAGCAACUCGCCGCUCUCACUCAAGCCAUUCGCACCGGAACUAAAACAGGGAAGAAGACUUUGCAAGUGGUAGUCUAUGAAGAAGAGGAAGAGGAUGGCACCCUGAAACAGCACAAAGAAGCCAAGCGCUUCGAAAUCGCUAGGUCUCAACCUGAAGACACCCCUGAAAACACAGUGAGAAGGCAAGAGCAGCCCAGCAUCGAGAGUACAUCUCCAAUUUCAAGAACUGAUGAAAUUAGAAAAAACACCUACAGAACAUUGGAUAGCCUGGAGCAGACCAUUAAACAGCUCGAAAAUACAAUCAGUGAAAUGAGUCCCAAAGCCCUAGUUGAUACCUCAUGUUCUUCCAACAGAGAUUCUGUUGCAAGUUCAUCCCACAUAGCCCAAGAGGCCUCUCCCCGACCCUUGCUAGUUCCGGAUGAAGGUCCCACUGCCCUAGAGCCCCCUACGUCGAUACCUUCAGCUUCACGUAAGGGCUCCAGCGGGGCCCCACAGACGAGCAGGAUGCCUGUCCCCAUGAGUGCCAAGAACAGACCCGGAACCCUGGACAAACCCGGCAAGCAGUCCAAACUGCAGGAUCCCCGCCAAUAUCGUCAGGCUAAUGGAAGUGCUAAGAAAUCUGGUGGGGACUUUAAGCCUACUUCCCCCUCCUUACCUGCUUCUAAGAUUCCAGCCCUUUCUCCCAGCUCUGGGAAAAGCAGUUCUCUGCCCUCUUCUAGUGGUGACAGCUCUAACCUCCCUAAUCCACCUGCUACUAAACCAUCGAUUGCUUCUAACCCUCUCAGCCCCCAAACAGGACCACCUGCUCACUCUGCCUCCCUCAUCCCUUCUGUCUCUAAUGGCUCUUUGAAGUUUCAGAGCCUCACUCAUACAGGUAAAGGUCACCAUCUUUCAUUCUCACCGCAGAGUCAAAAUGGCCGAGCACCCCCUCCUUUGUCAUUCUCCUCCUCCCCUCCUUCUCCUGCCUCCUCCGUCUCACUGAAUCAAGGUGCCAAGGGCACCAGGACCAUCCAUACUCCCAGCCUCACCAGCUACAAGGCACAGAAUGGAAGUUCAAGCAAAGCCACCCCAUCCACAGCAAAAGAAACCUCUUAAAGGUCAAAUCCUAUUAGGCACAAGUCGGAGUUACAUUUUAAAAAAAUUAACAGUCUACAACAACUGUUUUCACAAGAGAAUGUAACAUAUUGCUGUAUCGUUUGAGGCUUAAUGCUAAAUAUGUGCUGAAUACUGGAUUAAUAGAUUUCAGUAAAGCUCGUUCGUUUUGUUUGGUUUUCUUUUUACCUAGUUGCUAUAGUGUCUACAGUCUAUACUCAAUACCUAUAAAAUGCAGUAAGCAUGUGUUACAGACAGAGGUUCUGGUGGGAGAGAAAGGUGCGUGUGAGACAGGAGAAUUGUCUUAAGCAUAUAAAACAUGUAUGAUUCCAGAAUUUUAGUAUGUUUUGUAUAAAACUAUUUUUCAUUACGGAGACUAGAAGUGAACAGAGAAUUACACAAGUGUGACUAUACAAAUUGUAAAAGAGAUACUAUAAUAUUUCCUUUUAUUUUAGUGUUAUUUAGCUUUAUUACAGAUUUCUAUUUUUGUCAAAACUUCAUGGUUCCUUUCAAGAUCUUUUUUGCCAAAACAUUUUGAUACUAUAGCAUUGUACAUUUGAAAGUAGUGUGCUAGACUAUAAAACCAAUGAACUUCUACAUGAGCCCUACAGACAGGCAUGUGUAGAAGGCAAUUUAUCAAACCUAUUGCACUGCCAUGAAAAGUGUGUAUAAUAAUUUGCUAGCCCAAGCAAGCUAGUUUUCUUUGCUUGCUUCUUUUCUUUCUUUUUUCCUUCCUUUUUUUUUUUUUUUUUUUUUUUUCUUUUUUAACAUGUUGAGAUUCUCUAGUUGUUUUCUUUGGCGUAUCUAACCCCUUCUUUUGUUUUCUGAGACCUGGUAACCCACGCUCUUGCAUUGUGGAUUUUAAAAUGUACACUCUGUACGGUUCUGUAAACCGAAAAACUUUUGUAAAUAUAUAAAUAUACAUAGACAUUAAAAUACUGUAUGUGACAGCACAUAGAGUAGUUUUCCCACACCAAAGUUAAUUUUUAUGCAUGCUUUAAAAGUAUAUAUCGGGACCGGCAGAAAUGGAAGUAUCCAUACAUUUUUAAAAAGCAACAAGUUUGCACAGCUAGAGUGUUUUUGUAAAUAAAUGUAUUUGUAUAACACAGUCAUGUAAUAUACAGAACUAUAAGCAGAGACUUUGCAAAACUAAAUAAAGGGCUGCAUGCUUAUUAUUUUUUGUACCUUGUCACUAUAACUACUUCCUAGUCAAAGAACGAAAUGUAACUGUUACCAAGUUAAAUGUUUUUCCGCUUUGAGGGAUGUAACCACAUCCACUCAGAGGACACUACUUUUCUGAAAGCUCUGGGGUGACUAAUGAUGAGUUCCUAAUAAAUUAAUUGCAAGUGUGGUGCCUUGGAUGUGGCCUGUUGGCUCGCUCUCUUCUCUGUGGCUUAUCAAGGUGUGGAUGACAGAAAGCAAACCUGGAUACAGAGUUUCCACCCUCAGUUCCUGGAGGGGCUCUUAUUAUUUUCUCUCUUUUUAAAAAACUUCCAGUAGAAGUAAAGUGGAAAUAAAAUGUCUUUAUCA